AUGGAGUGGACGCAGCCGUUUGAUCCCGCCUCCUCCGGUUCGGAGGCCUCGCCGCGGUCGUGGUCCCUCUCCGGCGCCGCCACACCCUCACCCCCCUCUUCUUCCUCUUCUUCUUCCGCCCACCGCCACGGCAGCGGGAGCACGACCUGCAACGACGACGAGGCGGAGGCGGAGGAACAACAACAACAACAACAACAACGAAGGGGGCAGCAGCAGGAGGAGGAGGAAGAAGAGCAGCAAGAGGAGGAGAAGGAGGAGGAGGAGGACCAGCCCCUGUUGUGGGCCAUCGAGCUGGUACUGGACCGGGUGGGGGCCGCCUCCAAGUGGAGCGCACCCACGCUGCCCUGGGCCACCAUACAGGCCCUCCGCCAGCUCGCCCCCUCCGUGGUGACGCGUAGCGCGGGCGACGGGCUGCUAGAUCGGCUCAACGUGCUGGGCCUCCUCAACUGGAUGGCGGUGGGGCCGCUGUGCGCAGAUCCGCCGGACUGGGGCGGCUUCUCGUCUGCGAUGGCGGACGACGACCUGUGGGCGUCUGCCGGCCGCGACAAUGGCGACAAUGGCGACAAUGGAGACGGCAUGGCGGCCGGCACGGGCGUACGCGCACGGCUGGCGCAGCUGCUGGCGGACAUUAAGGAGGCGGAGGCGGCGGAGGAGGCUCUCCGGGCGAGGAAGCGGGGCAGGGAGGCCGCCGUGGCCCUGGUGGCCGCCGCGUGUCCGCUCGACGCCUUCCGCCGCCAGUUCGAGGACUACAUGGGCGCCUUCCACGCGCAGCUGCCGCCGCCGUUCCUCGACCAGCUGGCCCGCGACAUCCGCUCGGGGGCCUACCACCACCCGCCCGGUACCAGGGCCGAGGAUGAAAAGAGUAUCGACCUGACGCCGACGGGGCCGGGCAGCGGCGAUGAGGAGGAGGAGGAGGAGGAGGAGGCCGAGAUGGAGCGACAGCCCACGCCCUGCACCACCACGACGGCCACGGUCACGACCACGACGGGCACCGCCUACGCGCGGAAAGACGACGACGACGAGGAGGAAGAGGAAGAGGAGGAGGAGGAGGAGGAGGUGAUGGUGGUGGAGUCCGGGCCUCAGAAGAACGGCGAGGAAAUCGAGGAGUGGGAGGACGCACAGCAGCCCGACGGUUCGGGAGACCGAGAAGCACCACCGAUCGGGGAGAAGGAAAAAGCGAACAAACAGGACGACGACGACGAGGGGGAGGAGGAAGAGGAAGAGGACGAGAGGCCGGCAGGGAGCGGCGAGUGUGACCGGCGGGGGGCAGCCAAGGACAAGCGGCGCCGGAGCGAUGGCAGCGCAGAGGCAGAGGGACUCACCAAGAGAAGGAAGCUCCUCACCGACGAACACGACGAUGGCGACGAUGGCGGCGACGAGGUGAGAUUCAACGCCCGGGUCAAACCACACUGGCACCGCCGACGAUCCACCGGCAGCAGCAGCAGCACCGCCACGAGGACCACAACCGCGGCUGCCUCCACCGCGAGUGCCGGCAGAAGGCGCCGUCGUCGGUGGACCGAAGACGAGGUGGCCAACCUGCUGGCCGGCGUGAAGAAGUUCGGGGUCGGGUACUGGAAGCACAUCGUGGAGCACUACGACUUUGGUGGGCGCACGGCCGUCGACCUGAAGGACAAGUACCGCAACCUGGAGAGGGAGUGGGAGAAGCAGGCGACCCACCACCACCCGGCACCCGGCAGCAGCACCGCAGCAGCACCGGCACGGCGGCGCGUGUCCGCCCCCGACACCAACACCUCGCUCGACGACGACAUCGAGGAAUGGACCCCCUCCGGCGGGAAGACGGGCCGCAGCAGCCGAGCGGCGACCGCCAAGCCCAAGACGGAGGCCCAGAGGCCCAAUCUGGACUUCAUCAUGACCCGCGGCGGCCAGGAGCACAGGAGGAGGAGCGGCGCGGAGGAUUCCGACUGA